CAACUUCAAAAAGUCGCCGCACAUCAUCUAAAAGACUAAUACUUGGUGCCUAUCUGAUAACUGGAAUAUUACUCCUAAAUCGGCCGUUAUCUGCCGAGCGCAGCAGUGUUCGAUACCUUAGUAGUUGAUCUUCGCAAGGAUUUGUGAGACAGAAUCAGGUUUGCGCCAUUUUCUUUUGGAUACGAAAUCUCAUGGAAAUAACCUUCUCAAAGAAAAAAACUGCUUUUAAGCGCUCAUUUGUCCUUCAUCUGGCUGUUUUCACUCUUGCUUGUCUUUCCUCUAGCUAUACUUCAAUCGAUCAAAGCAGUUUUUCGUGUAGUCACAAUGCUGAGCCUCACUCAUAUCCUUCCUUUGGCAUUAGCUGCUGCUUCUGGAGCCUCGGCUUCCCCCACCACUAUCCAAAAAAGAGACAUCAGCUACCCGGGUGUUCUUGGAUUUUUGGAACCUACACCACGAGGAUGGGAUUACUCCACAAUGGGUACCUCCCCGUGUGGUGGCUUCACCACCGUCAACCAAACUUACUACGGCCUUAGUACUGGUAUGGAGUUCCAGGUCUCCAACGAUGUCAGCAACGUCGUUAUUUCCUACUCCACAUCAUCUGAUAUGUCCAAUGCGGUCACUUUGGCCACUAUUGAAUCGGCGACCGCUGGUACUAUGUGUUUGGAUGGCGAAAAUCUUUUCGAGGAUGAGGGCUUUAAUUUCGGCGACGACAUCACAUUGCAAGUUUUCUAUCACGACGAAGUUACCGAACAAGAUGGUUACCAAUGUGCCGAUAUCUCUUUCACUUCCGAUCAUGUCAUGAGCGUUACCUGCUCCAACACCUCUACCAUCAUCACCAAAAACGGUGGCUCUUCUACUUCUUCUGAUUCUACCACCACCGUCACCGUCACCGCCAAGUCUGGUAAAGUCACUCCCCUCCAAGCUGGUUGGAUUGGAGCCUGUGUUACUAUUGCCGUUUUCGGCUUUGCUCUCCUUGCUCUCUGGUACUUUGGUGCGAUCUUUUUCUCCCGUAAUGCCCUCCGACGAUCCGAAAUUCAACUUGGUAGCCACCGAAUGGCUGAACACUCUUUGGACGACAUUUCCCUGCACCGGCGAACGACUGUUGACCACAAAACCCCUCUUUAACUUAUAAGCAAAAGAAGGGAAUCUUUAUUGUUUAGGGAGUAUGUUGGAGUGACGAGAAAGCACAUGUUCGCAUAAUAGUAUAAUAUUUUUUCAUCCUAUCAUUUCUUAAUACACAUUAUUGGAUGCAGGUUAGUGUUGGCAUACCCGAACGCACUAUCUCCAAUUAACACUCAUUAGCCCGUUUAAAUUUUGAGAAUCAUCACUCUACAUAGAACAUAAUUAUCCAACAAUUUUCCUGCUAUGCUACUAUGUAUGAAUCGUACCUUA